AUGGAAACCAAGAAAGGGACCAUCUUGAUGCAACGAUAUGAGAUAGGAAGGUUUCUUGGCCAAGGGACGUUUGCCAAAGUCUACCACGGACGAAACUUGAAAACCAGUCAAAGCGUGGCUGUGAAGGUGAUUGACAAAGAGCAGGUUAUGAAGGUGGGGUUGAUCGAUCAAAUUAAACGAGAGAUUUCGGUUAUGAGGUUGGUGAAACAUCCAAAUGUGGUUCAACUUUAUGAGGUUAUGGCGAGCAAAAGCAAGAUUUAUUUUGCGAUGGAAUAUGUUAGAGGUGGUGAGCUUUUCAAUAAGGUAUCAAAAGGGAGGUUGAAAGAGGAAGCAGCUAGGAAAUAUUUCCAACAAUUGGUGGCUGCCGUGGAUUUCUGCCAUAGCCGUGGUGUCUACCACCGUGAUCUUAAGCCGGAAAACCUCCUCCUUGAUGAAACCGGCAACCUGAAAGUGACGGAUUUUGGAUUAAGUGCAUUGUGCGAGUCUAGAAGACAAGACGGUUUGCUGCACACAACGUGUGGAACACCGGCUUAUGUUGCACCAGAGGUGAUUAACAAGAAAGGAUACGAUGGCGAAAAGGCCGAUAUUUGGUCAUGUGGGGUGAUUUUGUUUGUUUUGCUUGCAGCUUAUCUUCCAUUUCAUGAUAACAAUUUGAUGGAAAUGUAUAAAAAGAUUAGCAAAGGGGACUUCAAAUGCCCACAAUGGUUCCCUCCUGAGGUAAAGAAGUUAUUGUCAAAGAUUCUUGAUCCAAAUCCAAGCACAAGAAUUUCAUUGGCUAAACUCAUGGAAAACCCUUGGUUCCAAAAGGGAUUCAAGAAAAUUGAGGUCCCAAAAACAAUCUUAACACGAUCAAAAAGUAUUAUUGAUAUCGACAACGCUAUAAAAUUCAUGGAUACUCCAACGGGUAGUUAUAAUAACCUAAAAGAACUCGACGAUGCAAAAGCACUAAAGCCGACCUCCAUGAACGCAUUUGAUAUCAUAUCUUUAUCUCAAGGAUUCAAUCUUUCUGGUUUAUUUGAAGACGACACUGGUAAUUCAGGUCCGAAACGAGAAGCUCGGUUCACCACAAAAAAACCCCCAUCAGCGAUCGUGUCGAAACUAGAAGAAGUGGCGGAAAUGGAGAGGUUCGGGGUUAUGAAAACAGUCGACGGAACAGUGAGGUUGCAAGGGAGCAAAGAAGGGAGAAAAGGGCAGUUAGCCAUUGAUGCUGAGAUAUUUGAGGUGGCUCCUUCUUUUCAUGUGGUGGAGAUGAAGAAAUUAUCCGGCGACACCUUGGAAUACAACAACUUCUGUAACCAAGAUUUGAGGCCUUCUCUGAAAGAUAUUGUUUGGACAUGGGAAGGUGAACAACAACAAGACGAUGAACAACAUAAUAAUUAA